GUCCUCUUCACGAGAUUCAUUCUGCUUUCGAAACGUAUACCCACAUACAUAUAUCCUUACACCUAUACAUAUACAUACACGCAUGACAUAAAGAGAGAAAAACACACACACACGUAUAUACAUAUAUGACCUAUAUUUUGUGCAUAUAUAGCCAAAGAAUGACGCCUUUCUGCAUUGUAGGUAUUUGAUCUGAGGUAUAGAACAGAGAGGUGUGCUUCCUUAAAACCGUAUCAAACAAAAAGAAAGAGGUUCAAAUAAGACCAAAGUUGGGAUCUUUUUUUGCGGUUGAGCUUUUGUUGUUCUUAGCCCUUGGAGUUUUCUUCUUCAUAGCCAUGGCUAUGUUCCCUUCUUGUACUGUCUCCCAUAAAUUUUGUUCUCUUUCUGAGGAAGCGAGUGCCUCUUCUGGUAAUAGAGUGGUUCAAGGUUUCGGUGGCCUCAACAACGUGGUUUCCUCUUUCAGUGCACCUCAGAAACCCAAGAAAAGGAGAAGCCUUCCUGGUAAUCCCGACCCAGAUGCCGAGGUAAUCGCACUGUCGCCAAAGACGCUUUUGGCGACCAACAGGUUCGUUUGUGAGAUAUGUAAGAAAGGGUUUCAGCGAGACCAGAAUCUGCAGCUUCACAGGAGAGGGCACAAUCUUCCGUGGAAACUGAAGCAGAGAAACAGCAAAGACACAAAGAAGAAGGCGUAUGUCUGUCCGGAGCCAAGCUGUGUGCACCACCACCCAUCUAGGGCUCUUGGUGAUCUCACGGGGAUCAAGAAGCAUUACUGCAGAAAGCACGGCGAGAAGAAAUGGAAGUGUGACAAGUGCUCAAAGAUCUAUGCGGUUCAAUCCGAUUGGAAAGCUCACACUAAAAUUUGUGGUACUAGAGAGUAUAGGUGCGACUGCGGCACCCUUUUCUCAAGGAAAGACAGCUUCAUAACACACAGGGCGUUCUGUGAUGCGCUGGCAGAAGAAAGUGCGAGAAUCCUCUCGUGUGCUUCGUCCAGCAUGUCCCAUCUCGCAAAUCCUAACCCUAAUUCCAUCAUCCCUCUCCAAAACCAGUCCUUUAUCUUACAAGACAAUGACAUGGUCAAACCCUCCUCCUCUUCUUCUCCCUUUAUGGUCAAGUCACCUCACCUGGACCCGCUCGCCGCCACGUCAUCAUCCUCGGCGGCCCUUUCUGCCACGGCCCUCCUCCAGAGAGCUGUGGCGCUCGGAGCCGUCGUGGGAGGGGGCGGUCAGACGCAGUCCGUAGGUCAUCACCAGAACCACCACAUGACAGCCAACGAGAUACUCGGCGUAAACCGUCAUGACGAGCCAAGUCACGUGUUGGGAGUAGGGUCAACUCCUUGGUGGGUUUGGUGCAACGUGGCAGAAGGCUGCCGUUUGACCAGGGACUUUCUUGGGCUCACGGGUCACAACCACCACGGGAUCAGUCGCACGGACGAUAGCAAUCUUGCGCACGUUAGCAUGAGCGCGGAGGAUGCGUUAGAGUACGCAGGUGGGGUGCAGUUUUCGUUGCCGUUUGGUAACGAAUAAACGUCACCGCAUCAGAGGCCUCAAGAUUUGGGAUUUUUCGGGCUCCUACCAAGCAAGCGUGGGAGAGAGAGAGAGAGGGUAUUGACAUGAAAAGACUAAAAUGGCCAUCCCACCGUAUAGACUGGUGGAGACACCUUAUGGAAUUUGGAUUUGGGUGACGUGGAUUAUUUUGAAUAGUCCACUUCGUUAAGAUUAUAGUUAAUUUCUAUUGAUUACGCACGCUUCUCUUUUUAAAAUGUCACGUACCAUAUAUCUGAUGCAU